GACUGUGUCGCACCUCGCAUUUCUGUGCAUUGCCAUUGCCAUUGCCAUUGCCAUUGCCACUGCCAUGGCCAACGUCGUUGUGGUGUUCGACUUCGACAAGACCAUCAUCGACUGCGACAGCGAUAACUGGGUCGUCGACCAUCUCGGCGGCACGCAACUCUUCGAUGAACUGCUCAAAACCAUGCCAUGGAAUUCCGCUAUGGAUAGGAUGAUGGGGGAGUUCCAUUCGCAGGGAAGAACAAUCGAAGAGAUCGCAGAAAGCCUGAGGAGGGCUCCGCUGCCCGCUAACACCAUUGCUGCCAUCAAAUCUGCUUACGCCCUUGGGUGCGAGUUGCGGAUCGUAAGUGACGCCAAUAGAUUUUUCAUCGACACCAUUCUCGAGCACCACGGGCUCAUGAGCUAUUUCUCGGAGAUCAAUACGAACCCAGGGUAUGUUGAUGAGGUGGGGAGGCUUCGAAUUUUCCCUCAUCACGACUUCGAGACUUGUCCCCAUGGCUGCAGCCUCUGCCCUCCCAAUAUGUGUAAGAGUACGAUCAUAGAGAGAAUGCAAGCGUCGGCAUUGGUGGAGGGGAGGAAGCGAUUCAUUUACCUGGGCGAUGGAAAGGGCGACUACUGUCCGUCGCUUAGGCUGAAUAAAGAGGACUUCGUGAUGCCGAGGAAGAAGUAUCCCCUGUGGGAGCUCAUCGUCGACAAUCCUCCUGAGGGCGCCCUCAGAGCAUCGAUCCAUGAAUGGAGCGACGCGGAGGAGCUUGAGAAAGUCUUGCUUCGGCUCGUCAACGAGUCGGUGACGGCCGAUCGCGGCAACGUCGACAACCAGUUGGUUUCAGUUGACUGCAAGUUUCAGACGACACCACUGUCUUCGCAUGAGGCUAAUUUACCAAACACUCUACCUGUUCCUCACUAAACAUGCCACUACUUUUGAUCCUCGAAGACGGGUAGAGACGGCAAACCCUUUUCGACUGUUGUCAAAAGAAGGUUAUUCUAGAUGUUCGAAAGAUUGGCAUACAAUAAAUAGAAAAUCUUUUUCUGAGA